UAUCAAAAUUACAAGAUUUUAGCACCUAUGGUUCGCAUGGGCACUUUGCCAUUACGAUUGCUAUCGCUUGAUUAUGGCGCAGAUCUUGUAUAUUGUGAGGAGAUAAUAGAUCAUAAACUGGUCAAGUGCAAGCGCGUUGAGAAUGAGGUACUAAAUAGUAUUGACUUUGUGCACCCGGAUGGCCAGUGUGUAUUUAGAACAUGUCGUCAAGAGACAGAUAAAGUUAUCUUACAAUUGGGUACAGCAGAUCCUGAAAGGGCAUUAUUGACCGCAAAAUUAGUAGAAAAUGACGUUGCUGGAAUUGAUAUAAAUAUGGGGUGCCCAAAGGAAUAUUCAACGAAGGGUGGUAUGGGAGCCGCACUUUUAACCGAGCCUCAGAAAGUGUAUAAUAUUUUAAAGAAACUUGUAGAUAAUUGCUUAAAGCCUGUCACAUGUAAGAUUCGGAUUUUGCCGAAAUUACAAGAUACUUUAGAUCUUGCUAAAGUAAUUGAAUCUACUGGGGUAGCUGCGGUGGCAAUCCAUGGGAGGCUGAAAGUUGAACGACCUAGGCAACCAGUUCAUAAAGAUAUUAUCCGAACUAUUUCAAAUAGCUUGUCGAUUCCUGUUAUAGCUAAUGGCGGAUCAUUAGAGAUAAAAUCGUUCAGUGAUAUAGAAAAAUUUAAACAAGAAACAAAUUCUUCAUCCGUUAUGAUUGCCAGAGCUGCGCAGUGGGAUCCAUCAAUAUUUCGGAAAGAGGGCAGUUUACCUACUGAUGAAAUUGUUAAAUCCUAUAUUAAAUACGCAAUCGAUUACGAUAACAGCUGGUCUAACAGUAAAUAUUGUAUUACACAUUUUAUGCGAGGAAAAUCUGAAACUGACAAGGGUAUAAAGCUUAUGAAAGCAUCUUCAAUGUCUGAUGUC